UGACCCUACUAUAGGAUUUUAUUUUACAGAACAUGAUCCUGGUGUUUUAUAAGGGAUUUAACAGGAAUUAUAGUGACAUGGAUGAUUGAGAAAUUAUCAAAAUAUGUACUGUUGGUUAACAUCAAAAGCUUUUUUAAAUGUUAUAUAGAUAAUAAAGUUAUCCAACUGUAAAACACACCCAUAAAGUUAUAUGUCCCGACAAAUGUGUGCCUCAAGAAAUUCCGAUUAAGAGUUUUAAGAUUUCCUAGGAUACGUGAAUGGAUCCGCGUAGGUUCCACCCACAUGUAGUGACGUCACUACCCCGGUCUCCUGGAGCUGGGCUGCUUGUGAGCGCUCACUUGUGGUUUUAGUCCAGUCGGGCUUCGGGCGCCUUGCAAGCUCCGAAAGUUUUUCCACAUUUUUUUUUAGUGAGGAUUUCAAACUCGGGGGGACAGAACUGAAGCAGAUCCGGCGUAGCCCAGUAAAAGCGCAGACAAGUCCAGCAAAGCCAUGCCCACUGAUUGAAUGCAACAAUGUGUCAAUUUGCGAUAUUGUCCGUCCUCGCCCACAUUUUGCUGCUAUCCAGUGGAACAUUGUGCUUGAAGCCCGAGGAGGGAGCGGGACUCCUUUCAGGUGCAGGAGACUUGCCGUGGCAGGACCAACUGUGCUAUGACUCACCCUCAGCGCAGGAAAGGAAGGGCGGCGCCACGCCUCCACCUGAGAGAAACCGUUCUACAAGCAACCUCCCCCAACAUCCUCGCUGCUACUUCCGGAGCGUUUCACUUGGAUCAAGUCCUAAUCAGGCCUCCGGUAGCACCUGUUUGAACAUGCUGUGCAAGGUUGAUGACAACUGGGAAAAUUUGUCAUGUGAUUUGGGGGUUCCCAAACUUCCUUCAGGCCGGUUGAACUCUGCCUUUGUGACAGUUAGCCUACAGCGCUUGAUGCCCCUCCAAAAUAAUAAAAAAAUUAACCACACCAGCAUGGAAUCUUCUGGAAGCCUUGUUUGUGAAACAUUGGAUUCUUGCAUGCGCUCAAUUCCCAUUGGCCCGGCGAAUUUUGUUGCCAUUGUAAAAGUCAACAUUUCUGACUGUGAAGCCGGACCAGUUCUGCUCAACGUACCAGCUCGACCUGUGAAACCCAGGAGUCCUCUGAACCUGUCACAUUUCCAGACUAUCAAGCCAGAACUGAUUCUACAGUGGAACGAGCCAAAAGACUAUACUUCCGGCGCAUUAAGAUAUGAGGUCCGAUACUCAAAUGACAUCCAUCCUUCCUGGCAGGUGGUGUCCACAGGAUUGGAUCGGCGUUUGAUUCUGGACCUGAGGCCUGAAGUCAACUACACUGUGCAGGUUCGCUGCUCUGGCCUGCAUGAACCUCCAUUGUGGAGCAACUGGAGUCAACCCUAUCACAUCUACCUCAGCAUGGUGAGCUACAUCCCUGAAGAGGUUUUGGCCCAGCCGGGGGAGAACGUAAGCGUAUAUUGCGUGUUCAAUGACCACAGCAUCGAUGCCAACUCUGCUGUCUGGGUGCUGAACUUCCAACAGCGUCUCCCUCCCAGCCAGUAUCACUCAGUCAAUCAGAGGGUCAGCCACAUCACAGUACAGCCAUCGGACUCUGGGAUGUAUGACCUGCUGCAGUGUCGGGCUCCAAAAUUAUGGAAUAUCUCUUACAGCACCAUCUAUAUAGAAGAAGCGUCUGUUGACAUCGCAUGUAAAACCAGUGGCGAUAUCGACGCUCUCAAGUGCCGCUGGUGGAAAAACACACCGUGGUUCAACCAACCCCAAAAACCAACAUUCCACUUCUUAUGGGCCGAUCUGCCCUGCGAGGAGAUGGAGGAAAGAGAGAAAAAGGGCGAGAAAGUCGGAGAGAUGGGGCCUAAAUGCGUGCCGGUUCUCGAAUCUGAAGAACAAGUCUGCACCAUCAAGCCUAUUCGGAUGAACUGCUACAAACUGUGGCUGGAGGGGCUGUCCCAUCGGGGGCCUUUCAGAUCCAAACCCGUCUACGUGUCACCUAUAGAUCACGUGAAGCCCCACCCACCAACCAACGUGACUGCAGCGAAUCUGAUCGGUGGGGUCCUGAGAAUCACGUGGGAGCCUCCAUCUUUUCCUGUGCAGGGAGUCCAGUGUCAGUUGCGUCUCGGCUCUCCUACCAGCAGAGCUCAGCCAGAAUGGAAGAUCUAUAAUCCGGUGUCGGUACCGUGGGUGGAGGUUCCAAUUCCGGACACGAUUCAGGUUUACAGGGUUCAGGUGAGGUGCGUUCCCACCAACCUCACUGGCUACUGGAGCGACUGGAGUGUCUUGAAGUACUCUGUACCCCAGAACAGGGGAGCCACCACAGGAGACCCGACAGCCUACACGACGAUGCUGGUCAUCAUCCUCCUGUCCAUCGUCCUCUUUAUCACCGUGGUCCUCUCCCAGAACCAGAUGAAAAGGUUUGUGUGGAAGGACGUGCCCAACCCAAAGAAAUGUUCCUGGGCAAAAGGACUCAACUUUAAGAAGGCUGACGCCUUCCAGGAGCUCUUCCAGGCCUCCGAUGUACUCCCAGCGUGGCCCCUGCUGCUCCCCUCUGAGAACAUUUCCAAAGUGGUCAUCAUGGAAAAGGCCAACCUCUCAGUUCUCGGCACGGCCUUGGUCCGAAGUCCACUUAUGUCCCCGACUCCUGACAUUGUGUCCCUUCCUGCAUUUCUUGAGGGUAACCAAAAUAUGUUAGUGGGCGGCGAGGCUCUCUUGGGUGACAUUCCCCCAUCGGUCCUAGAUUUGGAUAUUUUAACCGCUCCCAGACCGCGGCUGGACGAGCUGCAGCUCGUCGACGCCUCGCCCAGUAUCAUGGAGAAUUCGGCUCAAUCUUCGGUCACGUACGCCACGGUGCUGCUCUCGGACCCGAAGCAGCAGCAACAGUCUGUUCAUCUCCACGCCCGGGAUGGCAGCGGCAGCAGCUCCAGUGACGAGGGCAAUUUCUCCGCCAACUACUCUGAUAUUUCUGGAUCCUUCCCCGGUGGCCUGUGGGAGCUGGAGAGCUGCCACGGCGGAGAGACGGGGGACCCCCGUCGAUCCUGCUCCUACAACUCGGUGGAGGAACUUUCAGAAACGUCAGAUCAAGAAGAUGCGGCAGGGGAGAAGGACUUGUACUAUCUCGGCGUGGACUAUCAAGGCGAGGAUGAGGCCCAGCGCAAAGAAGAACGGCUUAAAAGUGUCAUUUUGAACAGAGACGAUUGCUCAGCGGAUUCGCACCUUCCGCCCACUGAGCUUCUUCCUGCGUCAACUUGCGUGUUAUCGCCACUCUACAUGCCGCAGUUCAGGACUGCUCCAUACACCAGGCAACUGCCGGAUUGAAAGCCUCACGUGAUGAGCGAGCACAGAUGUGUUCCGCGUUCAAUUUCCCGUGUUGCGUGCUGCAUCAUCACGAAAGACUUUCAAAAUGGAAGUCAGUUCAUCCAGAGUUAAAUUUACACAGAAUGUCCAACAGCGUCAAAAAGCUUCAAAUGGUGUGUGUGUGUGACACCAGAGUGACGUUCAUCAAUGCUGCUAUUUCUUUGUUCAAUGUGGGGUGAUGACCCCCCGCAGUGGGCAUGUACUUCAUUGUGAUUGGGCCUAUAGAGCCGAGUUCCAAGUUUCGGCCAGACCAAACUACUUCUCUCGCAGUCACGUUACAAUGGAUACAGAUGAGGAUAUUCAAGCUCAGGUAAUGUUCUGAAUAAAACAUGAGUGAGGUUCAAGAGAAUAUGCGGGGCGAAAACAAUGCUGUCAAUUCAUAAAUUGCUGUGGUGACAACUCAUGUCUGACAGCUCGUACGUGACAGAUGUCAUCGUACGAUGCCUUCUCAUGUAAAUAUAACAUGCAUAUAAAGUACACAGAUUGAAAGAAGAACUCUGCAGAAACAUCUGGAAACAUCUGCCUUUGUUCAUAUUAACAGAUCGUAACGUUGUUCUGAUUGUCCAGUGAGUCUAAAUCCGAAAACAGAAAAUGAACAUACUGAAAUCUGAUGUUGCAUAUUUAUAUUAUAUUGUCUAUUUUUCAUGGUGGAUAUAAAUUAUUUGUUAUUAGAAUUUUGCGUGUCUUUCAUUAAUUUUGACUUAUAGAGGAAAUUCAGUGGUUUGCAUGAAAUUUGUAUCCAAUAGGUCAUGUAAUAUGUACUCUAGUUUGACAAUGUGGUGUUAAAUCCUCUCUCAUUUAAUAGUGUUUUGAGAAAAUUUUUAUGGACAAUUCCGAAUUUUCAGGGGCACUGCCAUUUUCCCGAGUCCCGAGUGACCUACGUGGGCGGAUGUGACGCGUUACGUGCCGUUCCAAACGAUCGAUUACAUGGGACACCAUUCAUGCCCAGCGCUGAUUUCUCAGAUUUAUCCUCAUCUGAUGGAUGUCAUGUCUGCAGAUGAUCGGGAAAACGGAGGAAUACUUCCAUACAGAUUUGAAGCUGUGGCUGUAAAUAAUAUUUAAUGUUCGGAUGGUUCUUCGGACGGAAUGACGUGAAGUCUGACUACUCAGAGGCAUACACACGACAUAAGUGCAUAAACAAUGGCCCCCGGAGCUCUGGGCCGACAGCCACGGCUGGUUCUUCGGACGGGAAUGACGCGGAGUCUAACGAGUGAUCUGCGGCGUCUGAGGAGGCCGUGAGCCGGACUUCAGCGGCUGGGGAGGCUGUUAGCUCGCUCCCUGAAGCUCGGCUAACGGCCUCACUGACCGCCGAAGAUCGGCUAACGGUCCGCCGCUGGAGCUUGCUUGUCAGACUCUGAUGCUGCUAUUUCUUCAUCAGAUGAGGAUAAAUCCGAGAAAUCAGCGCUGGG